AUGGCCAACUGCAAGCAGCCACGCAGUGGCAAGAUGCAGGAGAGCAGAGAGCAACGACAGCGCAUAGUAGCAACAGCAAUAGCAAGCCGAGCAGCUCCAGCGGCACACAACAGCAUGCGCGGCAGUAGCAGAACGCAGCAACAACAGCUAAGCAGCGGCGGCAGUCACAGACGCGCGGCGAGGAAGCGGCCAGGCACGGGCUCGCAGGGGCGGGGCGCGCUGGAGGACGCGGCCGGCACAGUCGGGCCCCAACUGCCGCAGGCGCGGGCGGGGCGGCCGGGGACACGCGGCCAAGGAACAGACAAGGCGCGCGGCUGUAGGCGAGCAGCUCGCGGCGCGCGCAGAACACGGGCGACGAGCGGGGCGGCGGCAGGAGGGCAUAGACGAGCGCAGGUGACCGGGGCGACCGAGAGCUCGGCCGAAGCUCGAGCGGCGCGGGACGGUGAGGCUAUGAUAGGAGCUAACAUAUGGGGCACUGAUACGUCUCAAACGCUCGCACGCCCGCGCGUGGCCCUGCCGCUGUUGUUGCACACGCGCGCGCUCAAUCCCCUGGCCGCGCCCUCGCCCGGCCACCCCGGCGCUGCCUGUUGCUUGUCAUCGCAGUCGCACGCCCAUUGCCACUGCAGCCUUGGCCAAUCACCGCUCACCCUUCGCCCACUGCGCGCCGCUGCCACCUGCGCGCCCCGCGCCCGCUCGCCCCACUCGCCGCUCGCCAGCUCCUGCCGCGCUGCGCCGCUGCUCGCUAGCCCCGCCGUGCCCUGCGCCUCGCCCGCGUCGCGCUCGCUGCAACCCCCCUCUGGCCGCCCCUGCGCCUGUCCUCGCGCGCCAGCCUACGCGCCCGCAGGGCUACCGCUCGCCUGCAACGCGCCUGGCGGCCCGCCGCAGCUCGCCGUCGGCCGAGUCGAGCGCCCUGGCCGCCGGCGCCUUGUGCCCGCGCGAGCCCAACCGCCUCCCCUGUUGACUUAG